AUGGUCCUCGGCAAAGUCGCACAUUACGCCUUCGAUGCGGUAUUAAUAUCCGCCUUCCUCGCCGGCGUCCGCCGCUCAACUGGCCUCACUGUGAAGCCAGAUACUUUCGGCGAAAACCCCAGCGCCCAGAAAUGGUUCGAGAGCUACCUCUGGGUCGGCGAGACCGUCAUGGACCAAAGCGUCGCCUUCUUCGGUUCCAGUUCCUACUUUGAGCGCAAGCGAUAG